AACAAGUGCAAGUAAAACAUCAGCAGCCCGAAGACUCACUUCAGCACACUCACACAUACUGCGGGAACCGCUCACUUUUGCGUUUUGAGAGGACUCGCAUAUCCUGCAAAGAAAAUGAUUUUCGACAAGUUGAAAAAGUUUGACAUCGUCUUCGACUCCGCGGAGGUGGACUGUCCUCCGGUGUACAGCAGCGGGGACGUGGUGUCCGGCCGGGUGGUGCUGGAGCUGUCCGGGGAGAGCAGGGUGGACUCGCUGAAGCUCCACGCCGAAGGUUUCGCUAAAGUGCACUGGACCGAGUCCCGGUCCGCCGGCUCCAGCACCGCGUACACCCAGAACUACAGCGACGAGGUGGAGUACCUGAACCGGAGAGAGGUGCUGCUGCAGGCAGAUAAUGGUGAAGUUACUGUCCUUCCUGCUGGCAGACAUGAAUUUCCAUUCAGCUUCCAGCUGCCAGAGGAGACACUGGUCACCUCGUUUGAGGGGAAACAUGGCAGCAUCCGUUACUGGGUCAAAGUUAAGCUACACAGGCCGUGGGCCACCGUCAAGAAGCUCAAGAAGGAGUUCACAGUCAUCGAGCCCAUUGACAUCAACACACCAGCCUUACUGGCGCCGCAGGCUGGAACGAAGGACAAGAUGGCACGGGCCUGGUAUCGCAACUUUGGACAGGUGUCUGUAACGGCAAAGAUCGACCGCAAAGGCUACACACCAGGUGAGGUGAUACCCGUCUUUGCGGAGUUUGACAACUCUACCUCCAGAUCAAUCGUGCCCAAAGCCUUCAUCACUCAGACACAGACGUUCAUCGCCCGCGGCACCAUGAAACAGAAGCGCUCGGUGGUGGCCACACUGUGCGGUGACAUUGUGGGCGCCAGGUGCCGGGAGACUUGGCACGGCCGCGCCAUCAAAAUCCCACCUGUGGGCCCCUCCGUCCUGCAGUGCCGUAUCAUCAAAGUGGAGUACAUGCUCAAGGUUUGUGUCGACGUUCCUGGGACAUCGAAGCUGUGUCUGGAGCUGCCGCUGGUCAUAGGCACCAUCCCUCUCCAUCCCUUCGGCAGCCGGACCUCGAGCGUGAGCAGCCAGUACAGCGUCAACCUGGAGUGGCUGCGUAUGGCCAUCCCUGAGCAGCCUGAGCCUCCUCCAGAUUACAGCUCUGUGGUGACAGAGGAGGAGGCCGGGCAGUGCAACAACGCGGUGGUCCCACAGCCAGCCGAGGACCUGAGUGGGAUCCUGGAGCGCCCCCUCAUGGCUUUUGUUCAAGAGUUUCGCUUCCGACCUCCGCCGGUGUACAGCGAGAUUGACCCCAACCCCCAGCCCUUUAACAUGAGACCUCGCUGCAUGACGUGUUGAACCAUGAGCCCCGCCUGAGAGUCAAGCGACUAAAAUUAUCGAAAAGAAUCAAGAGAUUUGUCUUCUCCUGGAUUACUUCUCUCUGGUAAAUGGCCCCUGGUCACUCCAAGUGUUGUGGAGAGGGACUGGAGCGCCACGGAGAGGUCAGGAGAGGAGAUGGAGCUCGCAGGAACUGGGUGUCACUGGAGGAGCUGCCACUUUUGUUUCCAGUCCAUAAAGUAAAGUGGACGCUCUCCUGUUCUGUUGCGAGGGAAGCAACUUCUCUACAUCAGUUCCUGUCCUCCCCAAGUGAUUUUUGGCUCAUGACGAAGUGAGCUGCAAAUACCUCCCAAUCAACGAUUCCCUCACGUGAAGAGAUUUUUUUGAGAUUUAAGGGACAUAUUGGAGGCGGGGGGGUAGAUCACUUGAUAUUUGUCAGGUGGAGAGUUGAAAAAAUCGCCCUUGAUAAGUUGACACAUGUUUAGCAGUACAUUGUAACUUUGAGUGGCGUAAAGAAACAAGUGCAAUUAUUGUCUUCAAUUUCCACUCUCCUUUGCCUGGCAACACAGUAGUUUUUAACAACCUACAUUGCUAUGCAUCGUGUGACUCAACAGCAGUGUGCCUGUGAUGAUUUCUACUGUUACUUAAGCACAUACUGUAUCUGAAGGUGUGACGGUGGAAGAGACAAGUUAAAUAAGCAGAUGUAGAUGUAUUUUAUGCAUGCAGGUAACAAUAUGUAAAAGGGAAAAAAACAUAUGCCUUAUUUAUCUGCAGUGGAAGAUUGCAUGAGAGUUUCAGGGAGUCGUUCUCUCAUAGAGUUGAAUAGAAGUGAAUGUAUUCUGAAAGAACUUAGAACAACAACAGAAAAAAAAAAAAACGGUUGGAUUGUAUGUGGCUGGAUUCCAAGAGAAGUGUUGUGUUAAUACAAGGCUUAAGGCACUGAAGUGUCGGAUAGCUGUGGUUGUUGAUUUUAGCACAGUUAUAAAAUAGGAUGAGCAGUUUGUGUAUAAAGCUGCACGAGGCUCAUAGAUUAGCUCUCCCAGCUGCUAAACAAAAGGAGGAGGAGGAGAUGGAGACCUCUGAGCCAUGUGGUCUGAAGCUUUUGAUGGGAGCCAGAUGCCUCGGUGCUGUGGGGCGCUUUGUGAGGCUCAUCCAGAGCACACCGCUCAGCGUACAAGUCGAGCCCCAAGCUGGCGACGCCACUGAAAUGUAUGGACUAAAGAACAUUCCAAAAACUAACUUGAGGAUGAAGUUUUUGCCUCAACUUCCAAAAAAAAAACAACAAAAAAAAAAACUGGUCUUCAGGGUCAGCUGUGCGACUUCCUCGGCACGCACUGAAAAACCGAAUGUAUUUUUAUACAAAUGCAAUUGUUGAUUCACAAUCUUGCCAAAGUUUUCUAAUUCUAAUUUUUUCUAAUAAAAAAAGCUUAAAUGGA